UCCCUAAGUCCCAACCCAAGUCUAAAGAACUCGAAGCUUCUUCUCCUACUCCUCCGGUCCCCGUCUUCGUCUUCGUCUAGGUUAAUCGAAUCUUCGAGUGUUGCGUUCGCUGCGAAUCGAUGGCGCUAUGGAUGGACGCGGGCUCGGAGCCGAUGACGGAGAGCGAAAAGGCUGAUCUUGACGCUAUUUCUGCUAUCAAAGAGUCCGCCGCCAUCGAAUUCAAAUGUUGCCUCCACUCUCUCGUGCUUUGUUCAAACACAGGAACAAGGCAAUGAAUGUGUGAGGAAAGGGAAAAAACAUUACUCUGAGGCGAUUGAUUGUUACACGAAAGCCAUUAAUCAGAGAGUUCUAAGUGACUCGGAGACCUCAAUUUUGUUCUCGAAUCGAGCUCAUGUUAAUCUACUAUUAGGAAACUAUCGGCGUGCACUCACCGAUGCUGAGGAAUCAAUGAGGUUAUCUCCCGAAAACGUUAAGGCGGUUUAUCGAGCUGCAAAGGCAUCAAUGUCACUGGAUUUGCUGAACGAAGCAAAAUCUUAUUGUGAAAAGGGAAUCAAGAAUGACCCGAGUAACGAGGACCUGAAGAAGCUUCUAAAACUGGUGAUUUCAAAAAAGCAUGAGAAAGAACAACACGAGGCUGAAGUCUCAAGGGCUGUGUUUGAAGCCAAGGCUUGUCUCUCUGCGAUCGAGAACAGAGGCGUGAAGAUUGGCAAAGCGAUGUACCGAGAGCUCACGGGUUUGAACAAGCCAAUGUUAGAUAAAAACAACAUUCUUCAUUGGCCUGUCCUGCUUCUUUACGCAGAGGCCAUGACAAGUGACUUUGUCGAGGACUUCUGUGAAACAGACAUGUUUGCAACUCAUCUUGAUAUGAUGUUUUCAGAGGACAGUCCGCCGCUGCCAUGGGAUAAAAACAACGACUACUCACGUGAUGUUAUUGAGCUUUAUUACGAGGCGAGUUCAGGAUCUCCAUUGCCCAAGAGUAGAGUUCUCCACUAUCUUCUAGAAGGUACAAAAGGUUCUCAAGCUGAAACUACCGGAGAAGAGGGCACAAGUGUAAACAAAACACCCUCCUACCUGAAAGGUUCGUUGGGUAUGGUUAAAGUAAACGAGAGAAGAACAUUGCAUGACGUGUUAAAAGAACCUAACUUUGUCAUCCCCGAGAUUCCAGUCUUCUACAUUGUAUCAAAGAGGUCUAAAUUUUACAAGGACUUCACCGCUGGCAAAUGGAGUCCACCGAGUUGAAAAAUUGAGUGAUAAAGAGAGCAUAUCAUUAGGAUUUUGCAUCAAAAUCAAAAUACAGUUUGGAUAUUUUACUUUGAGGAAAAAUACAAACUUGUGCGUGUAAAAGUGGUGAAAAAACAUAUUUUGCGGCUUAUUUGAUUGAUUGUCAUAAUCUUUUGGUAUUUUAAA